AUGACAUCGAACCUUGCAGCCAAAGCUGGUGGUAAGGGUACUGCCGUGAUCCUGGGAGCAUCCGGAGCGGUAGGCAAGCCUUUACUGUCGCUGCUCGUCUCGGACUCCUCGCCCUACUCGACUGUCUACUCGUUCGCUAGGCGACCUCAUCCUUCGCCUCCCGCCGCCUCGCCAAACGUCGAGUUCAAAGAGAUCAUUGUCGACUUUGAAAAGAUCCACAACGGCGAUGCCACCGAAACCGCCAAGCUGUCCUCGAUUCCGCCUGCCUCCGCAGUCUACAUUACGAUGGGCACUACACGCGCUGCAGCCGGGUCGAUGGCAGCCUUUGAAAAAAUCGAUCGCGGCUACGUCCUCUCGUCGGCACGCGCGCUGUUCCAUGCCACCUCGCCAGCCACGCUCGUCUACUGCUCCAGCGGCAGCUCCUCGAGCUCUUCGCUCUUCCCCUACCUCAAGAGCAAGGGCCUUACCGAGGAGGGUCUGGCAAACAUCUAUCCGAACACCAUCCUCAUGCGCCCCGGCUUUCUCAAGGACGCACAACGCCCCGAAAGCAGGAUUAUGGAACGGCUCUUUGAACCCAUCAUGGGCCUCCUUGGUAAGGUGUCGGACAGCAUUGAAGCUCCUGUUACCGACGUUGCCAAGGCGAUGCUCAGAGCUGCGCAAUUGGGGCCGCAGGCGCUCAAGAGUCAGCACUUGGGUGAAUCGCCGGCUAAGACAUUCAAGUUGGAAGAAGGGAGGUCAAGCGAUGGCGUGGUGGUUGUAAGCAACCCGGCUGUUUUGAAGCUCGCCAAAGAGUAA